AAAAAAGAUUUUUUGGGAUACAAAGAGGUGUACCUUGUGGAGGUAUCCAAUUAGAUUAUUUUGGUACUAGUUUGGGGUCACAGGGUCACAUGACCUAGAAGCUAUUGAAGAAAUAGUAGUUUUUUUAAUAAAAAGUAAAUUAAAAAUAAAAGAAGAGAUUUUUUGGGAUACAAAGAGGUGUACCCUGUGGAGGUGUCCAAGUAGAUUAUUUUGGUACUAGUUUGGGGUCACAGGGUCACAUGACCUAGAAGCUAUUGAAGAAAGUGUUUUUUUUUUUUAAUUAAAAUUAAAAUAAAAAUAAAAGAAGAGAUUUUUUGGUAUACAAAGAGGUGUAUCCUGUGGAGGUGUCCAAGUAGAUUAUUUUGGUACUACUUUGGGGUCACAGGGUCACAUGACCUAGAAGCUAUUGAAGAAAUAUUGUUUUUUUUUCAGUCGUACAGAAAUUUGUCGACGGUCCCUAAACUACCGCUUCCGAAUGUCUGUCUGAUGUCUGAAUAUCAAGCUAACUUCACCGCGGUCAGCUGUUGUACCACUCCGAAAUUCGUUGGCUCUCGAGGGGAAAAGUUUUGGCAAGGUUUUACGAACUUAAAACAGAAAUCGCUGGCAUCCUUUCAGAAAAUAACUCUCCUUAUGCCGAUUUAUUUAAUGACGAAAUCUGGCUCGCACGAGUUGCUUAUCUUGCUGAUGUGUUCGAGCACCUCAACACAUUAAACGUGUCCAUGCAAGGGAGAGGGCACAAUAUUUUUGAGCAGAGUGACAAAGUUGCUGCAUUUAAAAAGAAGAUUGAACUGUGGACAAAACACGUUAAUAAAGACAGACUAGACAUGUUUCCCAACACUUGCAAUGAAACACAACAGUUGGAUAUCGCGGGAAAAAUUGUACUGAAGAAAACUAUCACGGAACAUCUUAGUAAACUGCAAGUCCGGUUUAAUGACUACUUCCCCGAGAAACAUGGAGAUGAUUCCUGGAUACGCGAUCCCUUUGGAAUCGACAUGGAAAGCGUCACGUUGCCGAGCACCGAAGAGAAUCAACCGGUGGAGCUGUCAAGUGAUAAGACGCUGAAAAAGAAAUUCAGUGAGGUAAGCCUUUCCCAGUUUUGGUGCCGUGAAGCACUUUCUGAGUAUCCGUCCCUCGGCUUCUCUUCUUUGGUGCAGCUUAAGUCAAAGAAAAGGAACAGGCUGAACAUUGAGCACGAUGUUAGGGUAGCACUGUCUACCGUCACCCCAGACUUUGAAACUCUUAUCAGGAGUAAAGCACAUCCUCAGUUAUCUCAUUAGUUUCCCAAAUUACUGUUAAGUGUUUAUAAUAUACUGUUAUACUGUUAUAGAUGUUUAUAAUAGCUGUCAUAUUAGAUGUAAAAACGGUUAUGAUUAUUUUCACCAUUCUACUGUUAAGUAUUUGCUGGUUUGUUCUGUUCAACAGGACCAGUGUUAAUGUCUUAUUAACAGUGCAGUUUAGUUCAUUGUUUAUUUACCAUGGUAAUUGUACUUUUUGUACACUGUUUGUUUGUUAUUUUUACUUUGUGAUAUUUCUAUAAUUUGAUAAAUUUUGUUAAAUGACAGCCACAAAAUAUUGUUUAUUCAUCAUUCAAGUCUUGGUGUUUUUCUUCUCUAUCUGGCUUAAGUUAAGUAAAUAGAGACACUACUUGUGUAUAUGUUAACAAAUAAAUAAAAAAUAAAUUUGCUUAAUUAAAGUUCCUAAA